AAGGAACUUCACAGUAGAUACCGAUUUGGCCCAGAUUCUAUUGAAUUUCUCACAGAAAUCCUUGAAAACAAUCUGCAGCAACAGACAAAGAGAAACCAUGCGCUGUCGCCAACACUACAAAUUCUUGUAGCGUUACAUUUCUUUGUGAGCAGCAGCUUUCUAAAACCCAUCGGUGACACCGUUGGCCUCCUAAACUCCUGUCUCAAGGGUGGUAAAAGAUGUGUCACUUGCUGUGGCCCAGAAGCAGAAAAAAAUCAUUUUGUGGCCCUCUCCCACCGAACUGCAAGUAGUCAAGCGAGGGUUUUAUGA